CUGCGCUUGGUUCCCCCAGUUCCCCCAGGUGCAGUCUGUGUCAAAUACAGGAAACAGUAUUUUUGUUCCUUCGGGAUUGCACGGUUACAAGUGAAUUCUUCCUUUCCAAACCGGGAACGAGUAAUGCUGUCGUGACACACGGGCGAGAGAGUUGUUCCGCAACGGAAGACCAGCGUUCGUUUCUCGUUUUCGUUCCUUCAAGAAAACGAUAGCAUUCUCCAGCCGACAACUCUUCUUAGCCAUUUUCGUGGUCCGAUACUAAACAAACGUGUGCCUCUUGUGAUCCGCAAUGGCGGAGACAAACGGGGACGCGAAUUUGAAUACGAAAAAUGGGAAUUUCAUCUGCGGCGUCGUCGAAGGUUUUUACGGCCGACCUUGGACCACAGAACAAAGGAAGGAUCUUUUUCAAAAAUUGAAAAAAUGGGGAAUGGACUCGUAUCUUUACGCGCCAAAAGACGAUUACAAACACCGUGCCUACUGGAGAGACCUGUACACGGUGGAGGAAGCAGAACAUUUAACAGGACUGAUUACAGCUGCUAGAGAAUGCGGUAUUACAUUUUAUUACGCGCUAUCGCCAGGAUUGGAUAUCACUUACUCCAAUGCGAAGGAAGUUACGGUAUUGAAAAGGAAAUUGGAGCAAGUCAGUCAGUUUGGUUGCAUUGCUUUUGCGUUAUUGUUCGAUGAUAUAGAGCCAGAGAUGAGCGAAGCCGAUAAGGAAGUGUUUCAGUCCUUUGCUCAUGCACAAGUUUCCGUUACAAACGAUAUAUUUCAACACCUGGGUCAACCUAAAUUCCUUCUGUGUCCGACACAAUAUUGCUCGACUCGCGCAAUGCCAAAUGUAGCGUCAUCGGAAUAUUUGAAUACCCUCGGGAGUAAAUUAGCGCAAGAAAUUGAUAUAAUGUGGACUGGUCCCAAAGUGAUAUCGAGACUUUUAACGGUUGAAUCUAUCGAGGAGAUCACCGAAGUUUUGAGGAGGCCACCGGUUAUAUGGGACAAUUUGCAUGCUAACGAUUACGAUCAGAAAAGAGUAUUCUUGGGACCGUAUUCUGGCCGCUCUCCCGAUCUGAUUCCCAAAUUGAGGGGCGUUCUGACGAACCCUAAUUGCGAAUACGGAGCAAACUUUAUAGCGAUUCAUACGUUAGCGCAAUGGAGCAAGUGUAACAUCGAUGGAAAACGAGAUUUAACCUUGAAUGAUUCUUUAUCGGCUGACAUAAGGUUAGAAACUGAAACGGAAGAUGGUGUACUCGGUGAAGAUGUUCCUUCAACGAUGUCUCCGAAUAUGUACCAUCCUCGACACGCUUUAAAGAACGCCAUCAACGACUGGUUGCUAGAAUUUAACAAAAAGAAGGCCGCGUGGGGUGUUAUAGCAAAACCACAACCGUGCGUCGCCCCGACAAUACCGAUUCCCAUAAUUCCUUCUGUCAAUACAUGUAUGAGUCUCACGUCAACGACUACAACUACCGUUUCCUCGACACCCGCGCCGGUGACUACGUCCAGUCAUCUUCAAGCAUUGGCCGAAGUUUGCUCAAACGUUACUCCUAGCGACAAUUUUGUACCUCCCUCUGGUCCAGUUAUGAAUUCCUUAGUAUCCGAUACGACCGUUGUUAGCGAACCUAUUAUCCCAACUAUCUCCACUAGCGUGGAACACGCGACGGCUUCGCACGCUUUGUCAUCCAUGGAACCAAUGGAUUGUAACACGACACCCAAUAAUUCUCCAGCCCAUGCAGCCAAGGUCCAUACGGAAGACUAUGUUAUGAUAGAAAAUACUUCUACGUGCAGCGAAGCUUCUGGAAGCAUGCAAGUGGAAGUAGAUAAUACAUCUCCCAUUGUUAACGGUACGCAAAUGAUCGUUGAAAACGACAGCGAGAAUCACGAUACUACGGAUAACGCAGAUCAGGAGUCUCAGGAUUCCAUCGACGCUGAUAAACGGUUGAUGCAGGAGGAUCUAUCGUUGUUAUGCGAUCUUUUCUAUUUACCGUUUGAACACGGCGGUCAAGGCAUUCAAUUGUUGCAAGAAUUUAAUUGGUUGAAAAGCAACGCCCACGUUGUCAUGAGAAAAGCGAAGGAAGACGAGGCUGUGUCUCAAUCUAAUAUUGAGGAAUGGCACGCGCGAGCGGCUAAAUUGAACGACAUGUGCAACUCUGUAAACAGAUUGUUUCAACGACUUACGUAUUGUAACAAUCGUGAGUUGCUGUACGAUCUGUAUUCGUAUGUGUGGGAUAUGAGAGGGGUCGUAUCUCUGCUAAACAGUUACGUGAAAUGGUUGGCGUUUGGCAGAUUCUCGUCGAUGAUGACAAUGUUUACCCAGGGCAGCUACACAUGGUUCUCGAAUGGCUGGAAAGAAACGUUUAUGAGUGGGGAUCAAGAACCUUGGGUGUUCCGUGGAGGACUUACAGCUGAUCUACAGAGAUUAAUCCCAGUGGAUAGUGGUAAUGAUUUGUUCAUUUACAAAGCACCAGAAGUGCCUAGUAGUAAAAUCUACACGAUUAGACCUUACUUAGCAACCGAUGAAGAAACGGUUUACGCCGUGUGCAAUAAAAUCUGCGGCUGCACGAUGCCGUCUGCGGUGGCGGAUAGGCUUCUUGGAGGUUUCUUAACUUUGAGUCCAGAAAUGUGUAUGGUUGUCGAAGAUGAAAGUGGUAUAGUGGGUUACGCCUUGGCUGCAUUGGACGUAAAGGCUUUCAAUACAAAAAUGGCUGUUUCUGUAAUUCCCGAAUUGCGCAUGAAGUACCCAUUGAAUGACAAUAUGAACGAUUUACCACAAAAUGUUCAGGACGCGAUACAGUAUUUCCACUCAUUUGUGCCAGACGUGUCCGAGCAUUUGUGCAGGCAAUAUUCGUCGAUACUUUUCUGUGCAGUGUUACCGAGCGUGACGGAUCAGUCUGUCCCUAAAAGACUGAUUACCUGCAUCCUGGCUGCGUUGAGAGCUAACGGUUCCUUCGGUGUACACACUACGAUGCCGUCCACGGAGAAGGAAUCGCAAGAAUUUUACAGCAAACUAGGCUUCGUGGACCUGAAUCCUGCGUUCGAGGAGCACCCAGGAAUCAAGACUAUGUGUAGAAGCUUCUAACAAAGAGUGAGUACACCAGUGAUAUUUGUGAAUAAAGUAUACUUACUCGGACCAUCGUCGAAGAAAGCUUCCGCGACUUAGAAGCGUACGGGUGGAAAUUAUUUAUUUCUAAAAGAAUCCGAGAACGUAUCUGUCUGUUACGUGUUUCUGUACGACGUACGGAAGCUUAUUUAUCGAUAAAAUUUAUACCUUCCGCGAGAUGGCGAUAGAUAACGUAGGCAGGUUUUACAUUGAUGAUUUGUACUUGCUUUCUGAGAAUUCUCCCAGAAUGUCUGCCUUCUUAAAUUAUAAAAUCACCCGAAUAUGUUUAACGAUAUAUGCGUGCAUACGGUGUAUAUACAGUAUAAACUAAAUGGCAGAGACGUUGAGUAAAGCGAAAGAGAGAAAGUGUGAGAAAGUAUAAAAUGUGCAAUAGUAAACAUUAAUGGAAUGAAUCGUCACAGAAUGGAGGAGAGGAAUCUGUUUAUUUUAUAAAUUUACAUUUGUGUGUUCUAACGCUAUGGGACAUCAGUAUAUCCGGUAUGCUUGUACAUUAAUAGGAAGUUUUCUUGAAAGCAAAUGUACAUAAUGUGUUGAAUGCUGGUACGGUGAAGAAGAUGUCGGUAUGCGUGUUUAAAUGAUAAAUUGUCGAAGCUUUUUAACCCGUUGAAAGGAUAUUUUCUUAUCGGAUACUAACGCCACAAGAAUGCGCCGAACUAGGUCUAGUUUUAACUUCCGGGUCUGUGUUUCCGAGAAAGCUACCUAAUCCUAUAGGUAUUUUACCGCCCCAUAGCAACAUUUUCGCCGCAAACCUACCGUUGCUCCUUGAUACGCCUACAACGAGGCCUUUUUUUUAUGUUUAACGUGACGUCCUAACAUUAUUGUUCUUGAUCAUGUCAAAUCAAAUAUCGGUAUUACUAGCGACACCUAAUUGGCUCUUAUGCUUACGAUACAUAUACGCUCGUGUACAUAUUGCCCAUAUCAUGUGAUACAUAGAAUCGCGUAGAAAGUAUUCAUUAUUUCGCUAGCAGAUUAGUACGCUAAUGUAACAGCAGUUAAUUAUUUGUAACCUGAAUAACAUGAGUUUUUGUAUGAGA